GUUUAAAAUAUUUGCCAAACCGUACGCACAUCUAAAAAUAUCGCGCAAUGGGUUCCCAUAAUUCAAAACAAAAAAAAAGUUAUACUGUCGAGCAGGCCGAAGCGCGUGCCCCAACAGCUUUUGUCCCACAAUCAACACCGGCACCGGCCCCGACACCUGUUGCCGAUCCAGCACCGAGUGUUUUCAACACGGAAAUGGUGCCCAAGUGGAUUAAUGAGUCGCAAUUUGUUGAAAUACUGAGAGAAAAUGUGCCGCAAUUCUCAAAGAUACAGAGCUUUAAUGUAAAGGCAGCCGUGGCUGCUGGCGAGAACUAUGCGACGCUCAUGCUGAGAGUGAGCAUCCAAGCAGAGCUAACUGACAAAACCGUCAAGCCCAUUUCUCUAAUGAUGAAAGUACCACACGAUAUACCAGGAAUGGAACAAAUGCUGGAAAUGAAGAAUUUCUUCGAUAUUGAAAAUGAGGCCUACUUAGAUAUGCUGCCCAAAUUAGAGAAGCUAUAUAAGUCCAAAGGCCUGGAUAUAACGUUUGCUCCACGCGCCUACAAAUUCAAGGAGAGCCUGAAAACGGAACCGAAACUGGCCAAUACGGUGCUCAUGUAUGAUCUGGGUCAGGAUGGUUAUAAGAAUGUGAAUCGUCGCGAAUGCCUCAAUGUUGAACAAACCAAAUUUGUGCUGCGCAAAAUGGCUCAGUAUCAUGCCGGUAGUGCCACCUAUAUGAGCAUUCAUGGACCAUUUAGUGAUUUGCUUUCUGAAGGUUGGAUAGUCGCGGGCGACGAAAAAGCUAAGGCUAUGGCUAAUGCAAUGUUUGCUCCUAUACAAAAAAUAUUCCUGGACAAUCUGAAUUGCUAUGAGAACUGCGAGCAAUAUCGUGAAAAGUUGGAAAAAUAUUUCGGCAAUAUGCUUGAAACUCUAUCUCAAAUAUCACAACCUGAUCCCAGUGAAUUUAAUGUGAUGGCGCAUGGUGAUUGUUGGGUCAAUAAUCUGCUUUUCAAAUUUGAUCCCAAUGGAAAGAUGAUUGACAUGAUCUUUGUGGACUUCCAAAAUCCCCGAUACGGUCAUCCAGCGUGCGAUUUGAACUAUUUCAUCAUGACAUCUGUGCACUUAGAUCACAAGCUCAAAUAUUUCGAUUACUUUGUAAAAUACUAUCAUGAUCAGCUGAUUGAGCAUCUCAAGCUGUUGGACUACAAGGAACGGAUGCCCAAGCUGAUGGAGCUACAAAUGCAAAUGUACAAAUAUGGCGCCCAUGCAUUCUUGGCCAGUUUUAUGGUGCUGCCUAUGGUCCUUCUGGAUCCUACGGAAUCGGCCACAUUUGAGAACUUUCUCGGUGCCGACGAUAGCGCGUUGAACUUUAAGAAACUUAUGUACACCAAUAAACGCUAUAAGCAAUACGUUGAACAAAUAUUGCCCUGGCUGGACAAUCGUGGACUGUUGGAGCCAUAUGAAACCAACACCCAACCAAUUAAAGCCACAACUGUAGCGUCCACCCCAACAGCAACAAAAGCUGACGUGGAUUCUAUAGUGCCUGACUGGGUUACCAGCGACUACUUUAAGGAUAAGCUCAAAGGUCAGAUAGCCGAUCUGAAGGAUAUUCAAGAUUUCCGUGUGAAAAAGGCCACAUCAGCUGGUGACAACUACUCCUCCUUAAUGCUCACUGUGGACAUUGAUUACCAGACCUUAAGCGGUAAAGUUGAAAGCACAUCCCUUAUGCUGAAAAUACCUCCCGGCACUGGACCAGGCAAAUCGAUACUCGACCUGAUGCUCACUUUCAAGAAAGAGAUUGCCAUGUAUAAGGAUGUUAUUCCAGAGCUGGAGCAACUGUAUGCGCAGGCUGGCCACCCAGUUGUCUUUGGUCCAAAGUACUACCAGAUCCCAAAUGAGCCCGACGAAGAUCGCAUAUUGCUUCAAAAUCUGCGUGUUGCCGGAUUUAAGAACGCUGAUCGCCUGCAAGGACUAAGUACAGAGGAAACAGAGUGUGUCCUGGCCAAGUUAGCACAAUUGCAUGCGGCAUCCGCACAGCUAUAUGUGACCAAAGGUCCCUAUGUGGAUUGCCUGGACAAGUCGGUGUACAAUGAGCGAACACGUCCAAUCUUCGAGAGCCCUAUAAAUGAGCGUUUCAAGCAAUCUUGCAUGGACGCUCUGAAAAAUAUAAAGGGCAGCGAAGACUACGCCCAUAAGGUGGAAAAGAUCAUAACUAACAUGUUUGAGUUGGAACAGAAGGCGGGCAUCUAUGAUCCUACUCAGUUUAAUGUCAUGAAUCAUGGCGAUUGCUGGACAAAUAAUGUGAUGUUCGCUUAUGGUCCAAAAGGUGAAAUUACGGACACGCUCUUUGUAGACUUUCAGCGCUCGCAUUUCAAUUCACCUGCUUGCGAUCUGUAUUAUCUGUUGUUGUCGUCGCCCAGUUUUGAUAUUAAAAUCGAGAAAUUCGAUUACUUUGUGCGCUACUACCAUACGGAACUAAAGCGCAAUCUGGAACUGCUCAAGUAUCCCCGUCACAUACCCAGCCUGAGGGAACUCCACAAUAUUCUGCUGGCGAAUCCGCUCCCGGCAGUAACUACGGUUGCACAGGUGAUGGCGGCUGUGCUGCUCGAUCCCACGGAUAAUGCGUCUAUGGACACCAUGAUGGGCGACUCUGAAGAGUCCAAAGAGUUUAUGUACAAGUUCUACAACGGCGACAGAUAUCGCAAACAUGUCGAGGUCCUCUAUCCAUGGCUGAAUCAUAAAGGACUGCUCGACAUUGUCGAUGUCACCGAAAAGUGCUCAGAUGACUUGAAAUUGGAUUGGUUAAACUUUCAAGAUUUCAGUGAAAUUAUUGCUGCCAAAGAGCCUCAAUUUGAAAAGAUUCUUGGCGGAACUUUGGCCCUUGCUACCAAGCCUGGUGAUAAUUAUGCUUCCAAGAUAAUCCAAGUAGAAAUUAAAGCGCAGCUAAAAGAUCAAUCUACAAAGACCUAUUCCUACAUACUGAAAGUACAGAUCAACGAUGAAAUAGAUGAAAACUCCGCAUUUAAUAUGUUUCCCAGGGAGUUGGAAGUGUAUGGAAAGUAUUUGCCAGCAUUUGAACUGCUCUACGAAAAGGCUGGAUUAUCGGUCACCUUCAGUCCCAGGAGCUACAGAUUUAACAAAACAAUUGCAGCCGACUAUUUGUUAAUGGAUAAUUUGCAGUCGGAUGGCUUUAAGAUGAUGGAUCGAACGAAUUGUCUGGAUCUGGAGCAUACCAAAAGUGUGCUCAAAAAACUGGCCCAAUGGCAUGCAGCUUCACUUAGGUAUAAGGAACUGAACGGACCCUAUCCGGUCACAUAUAAUGAUGGCAACAUUAACGACAGAACACGCGACAUCUUCAUUUCCAUAUUUGAGCCCAACAAUAGAGCUUUCGAGAGGGUCGUUGAUGAAUACAAUGGGGUGGAGGAAUAUCGUCAUAAAUUGGAUGCCAUAUUAGAGAAUUUUGUGGACAUCAUCAUAGAAGAUGGUCGGGUUGAUGAGCAGGAAUUCAAUGUGCUAAAUCAUGGUGACUUAUGGACGAACAACGUGAUGUUUCAGCAUAAUGAGCGGGGUCAAUUGCAAGAGACCUAUCUACUGGAUCAUCAGUGCCCCAAAUAUGGCAGUCCUGCAUUGGAUCUAUUGUUUUUCCUGAUGAGUUCGACACAAUUGGAUAUUAAAAUGGAUAAAUUCGAUUAUCUGAUCAGAUGGUAUCAUGAGAAUCUGAUAGAACAUGCCAAGCUAUUGAAAUGCACUGGCUUCUUACCUAACUUAAAGGCACUGCAUAUUAUUUUGCUCAAGCAUCCCAUACUUGCUGCAGGAACUGUUAUAGGCACAUUGUCGCUUUUCUUAGAGGAGCCCACAGAGGAUCCAUUUGCGUCGGAUGAUGCAAUUUUAGAGCAUCGAUUUAGGAAUAAGCUGUACAAGGCGCAGUUUGAGCGCCUUAUGCCCUGGCUUAAUAAACGUGGACUGUUGGAUAUUGCAUAAGCAAUUACAGCUUGAUCUGCAUUUAACAUGUAAUUUAUUGCCUUUGGUUCAAACAAGCAUAUAUAAACUCUGGAAUUAACAACUAAUCUCAAAUACAUAUAAUAAAAUAUUUAAUUAUACAA